CCAGCCAUCACAGCAGCUCAAACACACAGAGCAGCAUCACACUCCUCUGCUCUGCCUCUGCAGCACCACUAAGAAAGCGCCCAAAGAAACAGCUCAGGGCGGCGAUCGCUAUGGCUCAGGGAAGGGGCAGUGCGACGCGGGGGCUUGCCCUCGGCGGCCUGCUCGCCGUUUGCCUCCUCCUCGGCGUCGCCGACGCGGCCACCCACAGGGUCGACUGGUCCUUCAACGCGGACGGCUGGUCCAAGGGCAAGAGCUUCCGCGCCGGGGACGUCCUCGAGUUCAACUACGACCCCUCCGUGCACAACGUGGUGGCCGUGGACGCCGGCGGCUACUACGGCUGCCGGCCCUCCGGCACGUCGUACGGCUCGGGGAGCGACCGCAUCACGCUUGGCUCCGGCACCAGCUACUUCAUCUGCAGCCUCAACGGGCACUGCGGGAUGGGGAUGAAGAUGAUCGUCAACGCUAGCUGAGCAUGCAUAUGCCCGGCCGGCCAUGCGCAUGAAUAAGUGCUGCUGUGUCAUCGGUGGGUCCGGCCGAUUGAUCGUGCAAGUGCAAGAACUCAAUCGUGUGGUGUGGCAGCGGGGAUAUACCGGUUCAUGUGUUUUGUAUGUAUGCGACUGGUAGGUCAGGAAUGAUGUACGUGUGGGUAAUGGGCAUGCAUGUUAGUAAAGCGUACUGCAGCUUUGUUGUUUGUUUAUCGAAGCAGUGGCCUCUUUUGUUUGUUUAGUAGAAUCUUUGCAUGGAAUGGAACAGUGAGAUACUGGUUUUGAGC